AUGAUUCGCAGAUAUGCAGAGCAAAUUCACCCUCACUGUCCGGAUUUCGAUGGCGAACCCACCGGCUCGCUUACAAAUACGGUUGAUGAGUUCGCAGGAGAGAUACAGUCUCUCGAGGAAGAAAUACAGGAACAGUGCAUCAGUAUGUUAGAACACCCGCAACAAUCAACUUCUCUAACCACAGAUCAGGCCUUGGAAGUCAUUACUUCUAUUUUGGAGAAUGUUUUGGAGAUGAGAUCCUUCUUUUUGCAUGCUCUAAUUCAACAGGAUCCUCAUAACCCUGUUCAUUUCUUGGGGGAUUUAGUAAAAGCUAUGGAAGACUUGGAAGAGGAGCUGACCUUCUUGAAAAGUCUCAUCCGCUUUACUGCACAGAGAAGAGUAGUUGAACUAGCACAAGAUCUGUUUGGCCACGCUGCGGACAUUUCCAUCAGAUAUGUCCUCUCCGAUUUGAACGAAGGGCAGUUUAAAAUUUCUACUCUAGCACAAGAGAUGAAGCCUAUCGAUCCUCAAGUCUUUAGGACCUACACUCAAGCCCUGAGUAUCCUAAAGUCUGAUCAUACUCAAGAAGAAAUGGUUGAUACCACCAUUAUUGCAAUGAAUGACAUCCUUCAUUAUCUCAUAUCUAAAUCUCUGGGAGAUGCUUCAAUGGAAUGCUUAUUCUCAUGUGGUUUCAGUGAAAGAUGA